AUGGGUUAUGGUUAUGAAGAAGCAUGCAGCAGCAUGAGUUGUUCAGAUGAAUGCACAACGAAAGCUCAAGAUACCGAGGAACAGCUGUCCGCAGGCAGGACAGACUUUCACUCUCAAUGGAAGCCUUUUGUGUCACAUGAGAAACCCUACGAAGAAAAACCCUUUCACUUUCUGAGUCACUUGAGAAUUCACGAUGAAGAGCGACCGUUUGCUUGUCCUCAGUGCGGCAAGAGCUUCAGACGCAAAGGAAACCUUCUGGGUCACAUGAGAACUCACAAGAGAGAGAGUCCUUACUCGUGUCCUCAGUGUGGGAAGAGUUUCAGACAGGAAGGAAACCUGAAGAGACACCCGAGAAUCCACAGCAGAGAGAAACCCUUCACCUGCCUGAGCGUGAACAGGAGGAUUCACUCCGGAGAGGAGCUGUGA